AUGGAUCAGGUUUAUAAAUUUUUAUAUACUCCCUCACUUAAUCGAUGUUAAUUUGAAGCUAAACAAAUAUGAUCAAUAUCGACCUUAUCAGCGGAAUGAAGAGCUCAAGGUAGAAUCAGCUGAUGAAAUAGUAGAAAAAACAUGGUCCAGCUCACGAGAAUCACAAGAGGCAAGGCGGCUGAUCCUUUCAUGGAACGGGGCACGAUUAUUGGCGUCGGCAGGACGUUCCGAGUUGAAAAAAUCGUCGGUGGUGGCGCCUUCGGACAGAUCUACCGUGCCACUGACCUUGUGAAGAUUUUUUUCGAUUUUUGGAGAAAAUAAUUAGAUAAUGAACCUCGUAAUAAGCUUGAAUGUAGCAAAAUUAUCCCUGACACUCUAAAAUUUAGUUAGGCGCAGAAAGUAAGUGCGCGCUACGGAUAAAAUGACGUCAUUCUACGUCACAAAUUACACUGAGUAUUCAACGUUAAUAACUUGUUUGUUCGAUUUUUCAAAAACAAAACCGAAAAUCCUCACUCGGCUAGUUUACGAGUUACGGUAGCUCAAAGGAUUACGGUAAAAAGCUUCGAAAAUUUAUAUCUCGGCAAAAAAUCAAGGAAUCUCCAUCAGAGUUUGUUAAAGUGCAAAAUAACUUUAUCCUAAUUUUAAAAACCAUACAUCUCAUGUUUGCGCGUUAUUGCUCACACUAGAGAGAAAAAAAAUCAACGAAUCUCGAUCAAAAUUUGUCACGAAGUGCAAAAUAGUUUUUUUUUUCAAGUUUUAAAAGUCUAAUAUAACGUUUGCUCAUUAUUGCUCAUACUACAGAAUUUUUUUCUUCCUUUCAAGGUCAUUUUUUUGUAGUAAGGUCAAGAAAAAUACAAUGUUAAAAACCUUAUAUCUCAUGUUUGCACAUUAUUGCUCAUACUAGAGAAAAAUCAACGGAUCCAUUUUUAAUGAGGCCUUUUACAAGUAUUUUUAUUGAAGGUUUUUUUAGGUCUUUCUGGACUUUUGCCCAUGAUUAAAGGGACAUGUCCGUAAGCAGAUUGAAAUGUGAAAAUUGCUCUUUUUGAGCUUAUUUUUUUAAAAUUUUUUUGUCUUUUUAGUUUUUAAAAAAAAUCUUUUUCAACUUCUGAAUCUUUCGACAGAAAAAUGUUAAAAAUCUAGGAGGCUUUCUUGAACCUAUCUUUAAGUGAUUUUUGAUCUUUUCCUCCCUUUUCACACGCCUUUCAGUUUUCAGAAACAUUAGAAACUCACUAAAAAUUCUCAAAAUACGAUUCCCAGGAAGCCGGACUCGUGGUGGCCGUGAAAGUCGAGCCCAAAUCCAGAGAAUCGGCUCGUCUUGUCUUGGAACUCAGUGUCCUCGUUCAGUUGAUUGGUGGCAAGCAUAUUCCAAGAGUUGUCAGUUUUCAAUAAGAAAAAAAAACUCUUUUUUUGGAAGUUUCAGUUAUACAGCGGUGAGCUAGGCAAGUACAAUUUUAUCGUUAUGCAAAUGCUGGGCAGGAAUUUGGCCGAUUUGCGUCGGAUUCAGCGUAAUAAACAUUUUUCUCAGCAUACUGUGAGUAUUAUUUGAAAAAAUAGUCGGUUCAAAGUUUUCUCACUGCGAAGGUCUCUACACGAAAAACCGUUUUUGGUGUACUUUUCAGUCCUAAAAUCCCUCAAAAAAUGUUUUGAACGAAUAAAUGAAUUUCCACCAUCUUAUUAUAGCUGUGGAGCCAUAACUAAAAGAGUCCUGACGCGAUAAUAAAGAGAUAGCGUCUGGUUGGUGGAGACGCAGACAGGCCACGCCCCCUCAGCGUCCAAAGUUAGCCGUGAAUAGGCUAAAAAUAUUUUAUAGGCGCAUAAGUCUUGCUAAACAUAAAAAAAGCACAAAUAAACUUUUCUCCUCGAGACCUUUAUGAAUUUCCCCUAUAUGCUCCUUUAAACAUUUCCGAAAUCAGUCAAACUAAAGUAUAUUUUUUUUUUCUUCAGAGCGUUCGUAUUGGAGUUCAAUGUAUCGAAGGUCUUCGGGACGUUCAUAAGUUGGGAUUUAUUCACAGGUCCAUAAAUGGCUUUAUGCUUGAAAUUUUUUUUUUUCCAGGGACAUAAAGCCGUCAAACGUCUGUGUUGGGAUCGGCGAACAUCGUCGAAUACUUUAUGUGGUCGAUUUUGGUGAGCUCUAGGAUUUUUUGAAUAAUCUUACAGAUAAACUGAGGUUAACUGUGAAAAUUUUUGAUGGCCAUUUAGAGGCUCGCCAAGGACUACUUGUACAGGACACUAAAGUGGCCACUAAACCCACCUCUGUAGUGGCCACUUCAGUAGUUUUUCAUCCAGUAUUCCUUCCAGUAACUCUGAUAAUUUUAAAACAAACAGAUUGGACCAGUUAUGUCGAUCCAUCGACCCCUAAAGUGGCCACUUAUUGAUCUAGUAGUAGCACUUAGACCCCUAUAGAGGCCACUGAUUUUUAACCCCUUAAGUGGCCACUAAUUUGACUACUAUCGUGGCCACUGAAACGUCAAAACCCAAUGUGGUCACUAAAAAUUUUCCCAGAAUAGGUGCUUUUGAAAGUCAAAAAAGCUCUAUUGAAGGAAAAACGUUUUCAUAAAUGAGAGGCUAAAAAGACGGGGGGAAAGUUUUCCCGUAAACUUCUUCAGGUGCAAAAUAUUCAACUGAAAUUACCCAUAAAUUUUUGAAAAUUAUUUUCAAGGAAUGGCCCGACAAGUUCGUCGUCCCAAUGGAACUUUUCGACGCGAAAGAUCUUAUGCUUCUUUUCGUGGCACGACCAGAUACGUGUCUUUGGCGGUUCAUGAUAGGAAAGAUCAGGUUGGAAUGAAAAAGUUUUUCCCGAUUCUAAUUCAAAGAAUUGAAGGGCAUGGUCGACGAUUUGUGGUGCUUAUACUAUUCGAUGGUCGAAAUGUCCGAAGGAGGCGUUCCUUGGCGGAAUCUGACCGACCAGGACGAAAUCAGCCGCGCCAAGAGGGUUUUCAAUAAGACUUAUUCGUCGAGGUAUGUAAAUGAGAAAAAAAGCAUAUAAAGAAAAAAAUUCUCGUGAAUAGCAGCAAUAAAAACAUUUUAAAAUAUUUAUAAUUUUUUUCAAUAAAAAUUUGAUUCCUUGAGUAUUUUCCGUUCUGAUAAAUGAGCAAAUAAUACCUUUUUCUCUUUUUUUAGCUUCAAAAAAUUUUUUUUUAUAAUGCCGUGUUCAAAGUGAUUCCGCGAAAUUCAAAAUAGCCGUCAGAGAAAGAGAAAGAUAACUAAAUUUUGGAGGGUCAGAGACCAUUUUGCAUUUCGCGGAAAUUACUUUGAACACGGCAUAAAAAAAUUAUAUAAACUUUGGUAGUACGUAAAUUUUCGUCAGCGGUGAAUGCACAAUAAACAUCUAACUUGACGACAUUUUUGUGUUGUGAAGAUUUCGCAAAAUCAAAAUUCAAAUUUGGAAAAAUAGUAUAAAGUUCUUGAAGCGAAGAGUUUUCUGUGUUAUUUUAGACCACGAUGCGCCUUUAAACUUAUGAGCUAGGUUUGAAUAUUAAUUUUUAUAAAAUGUCUUCGAAAAUCUUAAAUUAGCGCAACAAAAAAAUUCCAAAUAUUGAAGAAAAUAUGCCAAAAUAAUGCAAAAAUGUAGUUUUUUCUAGGAGAAAUUUUAAAUAAAAAUUUUAAAUAUUGGUUUUCUAGAAGGAUGGGCAAGCCAUUCGACGCGUUUCCGUUGAUUUUGGAGAAAUUGACGAGGACUGACGUUCCCGAUUAUGAUCGUCUUAUUAAUGUUCUCAAGGUUUUCUGUUGAUUUGAAGAUUUUGGUCGCAUUUGGAAUGGCUUUGGAGAGUCUUGUGCAUCUUUAUCUAGACCAAUUCGAUAAAAAAAAAAACUUUUGAACCGUUUUUUUUAAAAUUUUUUUUUUGCUACGCAUCUAGUCAUUUUCAAUGCGGGUCAUUUCGUUUUGGAUUUAAUUUGAGGUAUUUUCAGAGUUGCGUGACGGUUUUCGACGAUACGAUCGAUUUUGAAUGGGACGACGAAAGUUCGACCCAAUCUAUGGAGUUUAUGGAAUAA